AUGUCCUCUACAGGCUUCCAUGUGGCUGAAUGUGUGCCAGAGAAGCCGAAGAGAUCAGCUCUGAACCAGCUGACCAGAACCCUGCUGAGGAAAUACGACUGUGGGGUUCGACCUGUUCACAACUGGACCAGUCCCACCACCAUCUACAUCGACUUCAUACUGCAGUCUAUCCUCGACGUGGAUGGAAAGACCCAAAGCAUUACUACAAGUAUUUGGUACAGACAGGUCUGGACAGAUGAGUUCCUGGUUUGGGAUCCAGAGGAGUUUGAUGGCAUCAAUGAGAUUUCCCUGUCAUCCGAUGCCAUCUGGAUACCUGAUGUUAUCAUUAGUGAGCUUGUCAAUGAGGGGAGGUCGGUUGAAAUCCCUUACGUUUAUGUCAACUCCUCCGGCUCGGUGAGGAACUACCGGCCCAUGCAGGUGGUGCUGGCCUGCAGCCUGGAGAUGUACGCCUUUCCAUUCGACAAGCAGAACUGCAGCCUCACCUUUCGUAGCUGGCUUCACUCAGUGAAGGAAAUUGACCUGGCUCUGUGGAGGAGUGCAGAGGCCAUCGCUAAUGAUAAGAGGCAGUUCAUGAAUGAUGGAGAAUGGGAGCUGCUGUCCAUUCCUUCACACUACUGGCACAUGCACCAAGACGACACCGGCUACGCCCACAUCCAGUUCAAUGUGUUGAUCCGCCGGCGCCCCCUGCUGUACGUGGUGGGUCUCCUCAUCCCCAGCAUCUUCCUCAUGUUGGUGGAUGUGAUCAGCUUCUACCUGCCUCUGAACAGCGGCACACGCAUCGCCUUCAAGAUCAGCAUACUGCUGGGCUACACGCUUUUCAGAGUCAACAUGACAGACGAGCUGCCCGCCACUGCUGUCAGAACGCCACUCAUAGGCGUGUUCUUCGUGGUGUGCAUGGCCAUGCUGAUGCUCAGUCUGAUCAAGUCUAUACUGGUGGUGAAGCUGCUCCACCACAGCGAGAAGGAGGUCAAGGAAAUGUCGGUGUCUGCCUUUCUGCUGGACAAAUACGGCUCCGCUGGUCACGGCUUGACGGAGAGCACUUUAACUUCCACCAAAACCCUCGAUCACAUCAACCAGACCGCAGAUUAUGAGCUCGAGACCUCCAUCGAGGAGGAUCUGCUGUCCCUGAAUGAGAUCCAGGAUGCUCCUUCAGGGCUGGAGUGGCUCCUCCAGGAGCUGGUUUCCCUCCGUCUGGCUUUAUCCCAGGACGACAGCGAGUCCUCCGCUCAGACUGAUUGGUUGGCUCUCUGCUUGAAGCUCGACUGCUUCCUCUUCCGCCUUUACCUGUUUGUUCUGAGCUUGUACACUGGUACGCUGAUGCUGCUCUGGGCCAGCUGGAGCUUCGCCUGA